AUGGUUGGUUCCGUAUCAUUGUACGAUUCUGGAAUCAUUGACGUAAAUUAUGGUUCCGCAUCUUUGAGAUUAUUCUCGGCUAGGGACUCUUUGUGGGCUGACUGGAUAAGAAACAACAAGAUAAAAGAUUCUGUCUUCUGGUCAAUUGAUGAAAAGAAGACUACCUCUUGGACCUGGAAAUCUCUCCUUCAUCUUCGACCACUCGCCAGACGCUUCAUUCGCUGCAAUGUAGGUUCUGGUAUCAAAGCUAGUUUCUGGUUUGAUUGGUGGACACCUUUUGGACCGCUUAUAGAUUUCCUUGGAGACUCGGAACCAGCCCAAACAGGUAUUCCUCUAAAAGGUUCUGUUGCCAAUGCUUGCUCUAUGACAGGUUGGAGGCUUCGCCCUGCUCGUUCACCACAGGCGGAACUCCUUCAUUUUCAUUUGACAACAUUACAUCUCCCAGCUUCAAGCAUUGUUGAUGAUUCUUACUUCUGGAGGAUAGAGGAUAUUGAUUUAGAAGCGUUUAGUACCAAGAAGACUUGGGAAGCAAUUCGACAUAGACAACAACCUCUAUCCUGGGCUUCGCAAGUCUGGUACAAGGGUGCUAUUCCAAGACACACUUUCAUGAUGUGGAUAGUUUUUCUUAACAUGAUUCCUACUAGAACCCGACUGGCUAGUUGGGGUAUGCAAAUUGAUACAACCUGCUGCAUUUGUGGUAUUCACUCUGAAACGAGGGAUCAUCUGUUCUUGCAUUGUGAGUUCAGUGAGGAUCUAUGGGUGGAAGCAACUCGGAGAUUAGGGUACAGAUCAUUCGUUUUCCACACAUGGGAAGCUUUCUCAGCUUGGUUAGAUAUUAAGGAUUCAACAAGCACUCAAACCGUGAGGAGACUAGUAUCACAAACAGUCAUCUAUACAAUAUGGACUGAGAGGAAUAACCGGUAUCAUAACAAUGUUAUCACGCCUGUACAUGUUCUUUUCAAGAAGCUAGACAGACAGGUCCGAGAUGCCAUCUUAGCAAAGAGGCACCAAAGAAAGUUUAACCACCUAAUGCAAAGCUGGCUCAGGUUCAUCUAG